CCACACGAAUAGUAUAUAAAUAUAUCUUCAUCCAAAUAUCUUUAUUAUUUAGUCCCAUUUUGGGUCGCUCUGAAACCAACAACUAAACAAUACCCACAAAUUUUCUUGGUAAAAUUCUCACCAAUCUUUUCUUCUUUUUUGUUAACUCAUUUAUUCACAAAUAAUGGGUACUAACAAAGUUCUAAUGUUGAUGUUUCUCUCUACGUUUAUGGUGUUUUCUUCUGGCCAUGAGUGCUUGAAUCCGUUUUUGGUUGAUCAAAAUGUUUUGGCGAAUGGUUAUAUAAAAAACUUAGCAAAUGACACAAACACGGUGAAGUGGAUGAAGAAAAUAAGGAGACAAAUUCAUGAGAAUCCUGAACUUGCUUAUGAAGAAUUUAAGACAAGUGCUUUGGUUAGGGAGGAACUUGAUCGGAUGGGAGUUAAAUACCGGUGGCCAGUGGCUAAAACCGGUGUCGUUGCCUCCAUCGGCUCCGGUAAACCACCGUUUGUUGCUCUCAGAGCUGAUAUGGAUGCUUUGCCUAUUCAGGAAUUGGCAAAAUGGGAACACAAGAGCAAAGUUGAUGGAAAAAUGCAUGCUUGUGCUCAUGAUGCACAUACUACAAUGCUUCUUGGUGCUGCCAAGAUAUUACAACAACUCCAACACAACUUACAGGGAACGGCGGUGUUAAUUUUUCAACCAGCGGAAGAACGAGGCCACGGGGCUAAAGAUAUGAUAGAAGAAGGUGUUCUUGAAAAUGUAGAAGCAAUUUUUGGUAUGCAUUUAGUACAUAAAUAUCCAAGUGGAGUAGUUGCAUCUAGGCCUGGUGAAUUUUUAGCUGGAUGUGGAAGUUUUAAAGCUACAAUUAGUGGAAAAGGGGGACAUGCUGCUGUACCACAAGAUUCUGUUGAUCCAAUUUUGGCUGCUUCUACUUCUGUUAUUAGUUUGCAAAGUAUUGUUUCUAGAGAGGCUGAUCCUCUUGAAUCCCAGGUAGUUUCUGUGGCUAUGAUUCAAGGGGGGUCUUCAUUUAACGUAAUACCAGAUUCAGCUACAAUUUCUGGGACUUAUAGGGCAUUUAAUAAGAAGAGUUUCUAUGGUUUGAGGAAAAGAAUUGAAGAGAUCGUACGAGCACAAGCAGGUGUGCAUAGAUGUACGGUGGAGAUUGACUUUGAUGGUCGGGACCAUCCAACACUUCCUCCAACUAUUAACGAUGCCAAAAUAUACGAACAUGCCCAAAAAGUUUCGAAAAUGAUCGUUGGCGAGGAAAAUUACAAAGUAGCACCUAGCUUUAUGGGAAGUGAAGAUUUUGCAGUAUUCUUAGAGAAAGUUCCUGGAUCUUUUAUCUUUUUGGGAACAAAAAAUGAAAAGCUUGGUGCUAUUUACCCUCCACAUAAUCCAAAUUUCUUCAUUGAUGAGGAUGUUCUUCCAAUUGGGGCAGCAAUUCAUGCCACUUUUGCAUAUACUUACCUCUUAAAUUCUACAAAUAAGUGUACUUCUCAUUCUUCUUAGGAGUCAUGUGGUAGUUGGCCCAAAGAGAUAGUAGAGCAUUCUUUAGUUUUUUUUAUGUUACAUCUCUAUAUGCCCAAAAUUCAUUAGUUCUAGUCCAAUUUUGUUUAAUUUCAGUUCUAGUCACUAGCUAGAAAUGCUUAUACCAUUAACUUGCUUCGAAUUACAUUUAUGUUCAUAGACAAUUAAAUCGAUAAGAUCUUGUAUAAUUUCAUACACUUCGACUAUUGUUUAAAAUGAGUUUGUUGUAAUCUA